AUGGGGAUACCGUGGAUGCGACGUCACGAUGUUACCAUUCGGCCAAAGGAUAAUCUACUUGUUUUUGAUUCUCAAGACUGUCUUAAACACUGUUCACUCAGUGGGACUGCAGUUACUAUUCAUGGCGUAUCGAUUCCCUUACCAGAAUAUCAUACUGUUGUCGUUUCAGCAGCUGAUAAAUCCGCUACCAACGUCAAGCAACUAGUACCAAAGGAGUUCCACCAUCGUCUCCACAUGUUCCAAGAAUAUGACGCUUCUGUCCUGCCGCCCCACCGACCCUCUCAUGACAUUGAAAUAGUGUUAGAGGAGGGUAAACGACCACCGUAUGGACCCAUCUAUGGCCUGUCCCAAAUUGAACUAAAAGCGCUACGAGAAUAUCUUGACGAGAACCUACCAAAGGGAUUCAUUCGAACCAGUGAGUCACCAGCCGGAGCACCUAUACUGUUCGUAAAGAAAAGUGAUGGAACUCUCCGACUCUGCGUGGAUUAUCGGGGCCUAAAUGCAAUUACGAUCAAGAACCGUUAUCCGUUACCCCUGUUGAAGGAAACUCUGGCCAAACUUUCAAAGGCAUAA